AUGGUACCCGAUUUACUGGCUGUCUUUGAACUUAUCUUGCUCGUGAAAGCAGCAGUUUCACUGGUCAGUCACCGGCACCUUCAAACUCACAUCAAUCUCUGGAGGAGACAGUUUCUUGUACGGCAGGAGGUCAAGCACGCGGUCAAGGCCAUCAUUGAGGAGGCUAAUCGCCGCAUCGUGCCCCAAGGCACAUUGGAGGUGUUUGUGGCGCUAAGGCCGCGUCUAUCAGGCAGCAACAAGAACCUCAUCAUCCCCGCCGUGAACACCAUCGCCAACCUCGCAGUCGCCAUGGGCGCGCCAGUGGACAAGCACAGCUGCAGGGUGGUGUUGUGA